AUGUCUUUAACCAGAUCAAAUUAUAGAAGGAAUUAUCCUAACAACGUCAGUACUGUUGAUUAUGUUGAAGGAUACUCAGAUGGCAUAGGAUAUGCUGGAAUUUCAGUUCGUGAAGGAAAUAAUGAAUCAACUGCUAUAGUGAUGACAGAUGGGAAUACCACUUAUUAUUAUUAUGAAGAACCGGUUUAUUCUUAUCCUUCUCAAUCAAGUUACCGUUAUCCUUCUCAAUCGAAUUAUAGUUAUCCUUCUCAAUCAAAUUAUACUCCAGAAUAUUCGCAUUCUC